CGCAUGCGCUUUAAAAAGUUUUUAUAGGGGGCGAAGUUUUCUUCCUUUAUUCCUUGAACUUCCUGACAAAUCAGGAGAACCAAAAUCCACCAAAACAAUGAAUUCGGUUGUGCCAAAUCACGAAUUCAUGGAGCUGCGAACGAUGCACCAGGUGCCGCCGUGUAAGCAGCAGUGCUUUGUGUACACGGAUAUCGAUCUGCCACCGGAAAUCACAAAGUUCUCCGAGAAGAUAAAGAAUGGGAAUGUACCCACGUACAAGAAGGAACAUACAUCCCCACCUCCAGUUGUCCACCGUAGGAAGAGUCGCAAAGUGGUGACUGUUUUCUUGGGCCUCUUCAUCUUCAUCGCCCUGGCUAUAGGAGUUCCACUUGCUCUGCAGCUAAGGAGUUCAUCUCUUCUCGAAGCACGUCUGGCUUUCAUUCGAAGGCUUCUCUCGGAAACACCACCUCUUGUGGAGGGCUACUGGCAACCACAAAUCGAUGCGAAUUUUAGCCAUAGCAUCUCAGACAUUACAAAGAACAUGGUUGGAGCUGUGGUAUGGCCAGUGGCUGUUCCAUGUGGUGCUCAGUAUCUCGAUGGUGUUCAGUUGGCACUGGAAGGUAUUGAUGAGGCUAAGCGACUUGCCAGGACCAAUCCCAUACUGCAGGUGAUUGAAACAGCCGACGAAAUCGAAGAGAUGCACCAUGAAGGGAAGAUUGGGGUACUCCUGGGUCUUCAGGCAGGACACGCACUGGGAUCCAGCCUAGCAGUUUUGCGUUCCAUGUACUCCUUAGGUGUUAGAGUGAUCUCCAUCACAGGAUUCGGGUGUACAACACCAUGGGCAGCAGCCACCAUCAAGAGCGACAUGAUCAUCCUGGAUGAUUCCCAACCACAUAGUCUUACAACCUUUGGCGAGACCGUACUUCAUGAGAUGAAUCGCCUCGGAAUUCUCGUUGAAAUCUCUCGAUUGUCAGAGCCAGCAAUGAUGAUGGCGCUCCACACAGCAAGGGCUCCUGUUCUUUUCUCCAAUGCUGCCCCACUAUCGCUGUGCAAUAGUACGUCUACCGCAGGUGUUCCUGACCACAUUCUCGGGAUGCUCACGCAAAAUGGUGGUGUUCUCAUGAUUAACGUUGAACGGUGCGGGGAGAAAUAUCUCACAGUUCGCGAGGCAAUUUCCACCAUUAACUACGUACGAGCUGUAGCGGGUGUGGAUCAUGUGGGGCUCAGUGGAUCCCCCAGCACGUAUCCACCCCUGCUGGCGGAGCUUGCACGAGAUCGUCUAUGGGGCAAUGCGGCCAUCAAGAAACUCAUCGGGGGGAAUUUUGUGCGAGUUCUCCGGGAAGUGGAGGUACUCAGGAAUCGACAGCCGCUGCACGAAGAGUGGAUUCCAACGGCGGCUAUCGAAGGGAAUUCGUACUGUCGCUACGCGGAAACAUAAAUAUAACAUACUCACCGGUAUGAUAUAUAAGCAAUUUUGCAUUGUAUUUUCACCACAAAAUUCCUCUCUCUCUCUUGAAGUCCUACAAAAAAUUUCUCCAUAUUUUUCUUCUUUUUUUUCCAAAUUCUUUUCCUCUUUGGCUACAUUCAUUGUUUUAUAUUUGGGAUAGAUGAUGGGGAUGGAAAUCAUCUCUAAAAUGAUUUAAUUUUUUUUUUACAAUCUAGUGAAUUUAUUUGUGAAGAUAAAACUAAAUUGAAGUUUAUGUUUAUUGAAAAAGAACGAUUAAAUGUUGUUAUCGAUGCUGCAGUGAAUUUAUUUGAUUGCUAUGUAUUUCAUUUUACUAAAAUCAAAUGUAAAAUAUUAAUUUACAGAAAUGCAUUUGAAACCGCAAUGUAUUACCUAUAGGGAAAAUUAUUAUAAUGAUUUUAUUUGGUUUAAUUAGUUUAAUGCAGAGGUAGAAAAUAAAUGCUCUAUCCGAGCGUUAUGAACCAAAAAGUUUUUUUUUUAAUUCAGAAAAUGUACAUAAAUUAAACGAAUUCAAAAAUAUUUAAAAUAAAAUGAUAAAAUACCAACAACAAAAUAAAAUUACACGAUUGUCGGUUAAUCAAAAAAGGUACCCCAAGACAAAAUUAGACAAUUUAGACAAUUGCAACAUUUAAUCUCCUGGAAGCUUAAUCUCGGGAACUUUCUAAUUCUCUUUGAAUGAGUUUUUUUACAAUUCGAAAAUAGGAAUUGCUGUUGUUUUUUUUUACAAAGUCUACAUUUUACAUCAAUCUAAAAGUUCAAUUGUCGCCACUCUGAGCUAUAAGGAGACUAACAAAAAAGUAAAAGAAGGACUUAAGCAGUGAGAUGGAACUUAUUGAAGCAAGAAAACCUUCUAUCUGCAUCUCAGUUUUAUAGUAACAAAAACUGAUUCUUGCUAAAACUCAGAAAUCUCUAUCUUGAGUAUGUCCAAAAAGUAUAAAUUGAUUGAUUUCACAUAAUAACUUUCUAUGAGACUAACUUAAUGAAAAAUAUGAAUUUUUCCAAGCUUUUCCAUCUCAUUUUUGUCAUUUUUUUAAAAAAUUUUAUUUAGAAAUUAAUGGUAAAGAUUUUUAAAAGACGAAUUAAAAAAUUAUAUUUUUUAUGCAAAUGUCGGUAGAAACUGUAUUUCUGAAUUCUCUUAUCUCUCAUAUACGACUUUCCUGUUCUGUAUUAUAAUGUGUAAUGUAUUUUACGUAUCGUAUGAUUUCCUUGCGCGUAACAUGAAACGAAAGCCAAGAAUUUGGAGUGAAUACUUUUCAAUUUUUCUCACACUCAACUUUUCUUCCCGUUUUAACUCGAUCAUCCUCUAUAGAAUUCUUAUCUCCACCAUUCUCCACAGAACAACAAUACAUAUUAUUUCUAGGAGACUCCUUUCGUGCAAUGUUUUUUUUUUCUCCUCAAAAUAUAUGUGUCACAAAUAGUGCUUCAACAUCCAAAAAACUUUCCCCCCUUUGCCUAUUUUUCGCGAGUUUCGGUAUAUUCCUCCGGAGAGAUGUGUGGAGACAAGUUUAUGAAAGUUGGCGAUAUUCUAUCCAUUGUAAUGCUACUUGUUAGACAUACCACACACACUGCAUUCUUUCUCGUGCUUCCAUGAUUUUAUUACUCGUGAAAAAUAAAACAUUUCAACACAAAAAAGUAGGUACUUGUGAGAAUCAUGCAUUCUGUACCGAAAGCGCUUUAGCUUGCUGGGUGUACAGGAUGGAGAUGGAAGAUGGAAAAUAUGUGAGAAAUGCAACGGAAGUGUGAAAAUGUAGGUAACACGUAAAAUUAUGUGUAUGUGUUUUUUUUUUGUAAAUCGAAUUGAAAAAGAGAAUAAAAUGGUGUUGAACUUAAUA